UGCUAGUGAUUCACCAACACAAAAUUUGCUAUGGAAUCCCCUCCACGGAAUUUGCUAGGGAUUCAGCACCAUGAAAUUUUCUAGGGAAUCAUCACCACGAAAGCUGCUAGGGAUUCGCUACUACAGAAUUUGCUAGGGAUUCACAACCACAAAUUUUGUGAUGGAAUCAUACUACAGUAUACACGACACAAUACCAUCUACAACGGAUUUCAUUUCGUUGUCACAUUUGCGACAUAAUGAUUGUUUCCUUUGCAAACCCUCGCUACGAGGUUUUUUGGGGACGGAAAUCGGUCGUCGCAAAUUUCAUAGAAAUCAACACAGGCGUAGUUCAUUUGGGACAAAGGUGAUACAAAAGUGCGGUACCCUUUAGCGGUGACGCAUUGAGCGGCGGCACUAGACCAUUAGCAAAGACUAGUUGGAGGGAAAUGAACGUGUCAUUUCUCUUGAUUAUUGGUUGUCGGAUUAUGUCAACAUUUUAGGGCCAAGAUUGCUCCUCAAGUGGAUCACACGGAUCGAUAUCAAUAGUGACAAUACUAUCGCCGCCAAAGGUGUCGACGCUAUUUCUUUCUACGAGAAUAAACCCUUUCUGUUGCAUCAUGCUGCAUGUUUCCUUCCAACAAAUCACCAAAGCAUACCUUUAGCGACAUCAUACAAUUUUAGCGGCGACACACGACCUAUCUGGUUUGAUGUUGUCGCUAAAGGAUUAUUCGUCGCUAAAGUGUCGUACAUAAUGCAAUGCUCUGCCUUCUUGUAUGUAUGUAUGUAUGUUACAAUUCGUGGAGCGUGAGUAGUGUGAUCAUUGAGUCGGUAGGAAACAUGCAACAUAAUGGGUAAUAAAAUGUUAUAUUAAUGAUGUUAUUAAAAAAAUCCAAUGUAUGUUAAGCUCAACACACAUUACACCCAGAUACAUAGGGUUUACUUUAUGAUACCCUAUAUUAAUCCAUUAACAGUUCCACAUAUAAUAAUCCAAAUGUUUUAGUAAACAAUUAUGAAUAUCCUAAAUACUUCCCUAUAAAUCAUGCCUAUGUUGGUGUUAUGUUGCCUACCUUUCAAACAUUAAAACUCUUACUUGCUCCUCUCCUCUCUCACGACUAUGAGAAAAUAUCGCCAUCUCCUCAACCUCGGGAGAGCAAAAGGUCUUUUCAUAUCAAACAGGGCGCCAUGGGCACAACAAGCUAGUCCCGUUAAAUCACACCAGCUAAGCCGCUGUACACAACAACCACCCCCUCUUCCACCCUCUUCCUGUUCUCGUAUAUCAAUAAACAAAUGUAAUGCAGGUAAUAUUGUUUCUCGCCAUUAUCUCCAUGCAAGUCUAGGCAACCUUACUCGUAUUCAUUCCCAUUUUCACUACUCCACUCUUGAGGCUUCACAACUUGAUUACGAGGAGGAACAGUCAUCAGUUGAUUACCAUGUGAUCGUGAAGGAUCGAGAUGUCGUUUCAGCAUCUAUCACCCCAGCGUAUAAGCACUGGCUCCCCCUAUCCAACCUGGACCUCCUUCUACCACCGGUUGCCGCUGGUGUUUUCUUUUGUUACAAGAAAAAGGAUGGCGUACCCAUGUCGCCAGCAACUGUCGUAAAGACCUUUAGGACAUCAUUGGCCGAAGCUCUAUCGACAUUCUAUCCUCUCGCGGGUGAGAUUGUGCAAAACAAUCAAGGGGAACCAGAGCUACUGUGCAACAAUAGUGGAGUGGAAUUUGUGCAUGCCCAGGCUGACAUUGAAUUGAAAGACUUAGAUUUUCAUCGUCCUGACGAUUCCGUUAAGGGGAAGCUAGUACCGAAGAUAAAUCGUGGCGUGUUGUCAGUUCAGGUGACGGAGUUAAACUGUGGAUCAAUAAUAAUAUCAUGCUCUAUUGAUCACCGAGUAGCAGAUGGUCAGUCAUUAAACAUGUUCUUAGUUUCAUGGGCGGAGAUUGCACAAAUGAAACAAAUCACCAACAUUCCAUCUUUUCGCACAUCGAUCUUGAAUCCACGAAAACCACCAACAUAUGACACACUCGUUGAUAGUUUGUACUUGCCUAUAUCAUUCCUCCCUCCACCACCUUCCUUCCAGGACACGCUUUAUAGUCGCAUGUAUUAUAUUACUGCUGAAUCAAUCAAUCGCAUUCAGUCUCAAGCGUCUUCAAUGGAAACAAGAAGAAGCAAACUCCAAUCAUUCACUGCAUUCUUAUGGAAAUUAUUAGCACAUGGAGGUGAUGAUAAUGUGAAUACAAAUUCCCGAAUGGGAAUUGUCGUUAAUGGACGACAGUUUUUAAACGAAAAUAAUGAAAAGUCAUCAGCUCACAUGGAAAAUCACUUCGGAAAUGUACUAUCUAUCCCAUAUGGUAGCGCAAAGAAUGAAGAUCUCAAGACAAUGCCACUUAAUGAAGUUGCAGAUGAGGUUCAUAAGUUUGUGGCCAAAGCAACUAAAGAAGAGCAUUUUAGGGGAUUGAUCGAUUGGGUAGAGUUACAUCGACCAGAGCCAGCUGUUGCUAAGAUAUAUUUCGGAUUAAAAGAAAUCGAAGGUGAGGCUACAGUUGUAUCAUCUGGACAAGGUUUACCAAUUAAGGAUAUGGACUUUGGAUGGGGAAAGCCAGAGUUUGGAUCGUAUCAUUUUCCUUGGGGUAGUCAAAGUGGAUACCUAACUCCAAUGCCGAGUGCAAAGAACAAUGGAGACUGGGUCGUAUACAUGCAUCUGAAGCAAAAAGAUCUGGAUUUGAUUGAGAAUAUGGCACCCGGUGUGUUUACACCCUUAAACAAUUCUCAUUUGAGUUUCUAAUUUGUGUUUCUCUGAACAAAUAUAUGGUUUACAAAUUCAUAUAUAUUGGAGUUAUUAUUUUACAUGUCGAUUUCUUUUGUAAUUUAUCUCUUUGUAAAUGUAUGGUCUUAAAGUUUGGUGUACGCUAGAUUGGUUAUUUCUUUGACUUUUUCUUUAAUCGAUGAC